GACACCUGGAAUUCCAGGGUGACAUCCAGGCUUGAGAGCGGGGACCUACAUGCCUCUAACCCCUAGGCAUGAGCAGAGAGUCGAAAGGCAAAUUGCCAGGAAAAAAAAAAUCAAUCUUCUGCCCAAGGUCCAGCAGAAGCAGCCUCAUUUACCUAGGAGGCGGGCUUCCUCCUGUGGGGAAUCCCUGGGCUGGGAGGAGCAGGAGCCCUUCCUCUUGGCAGCCUCGGAAACUUCAGCAGGUGCUGGCGCAAGCCCUGGCUAGGACGCGGGGUGGGAGCAGGCCCGGUGCGGGGGCUUAGGGUCAAGAAGCAGGAUGCUGGGGCCCAGGAAACCGGGAAGCUGUGUCCCUGGGUCCAGGGAGGAAUCCUACAGCGGCAGGGUGCUCGGGGCUGUCUCUUUCUCUCUUUGUCCAGAGCCUUAUGUAAGAGCUUUUCUCGGGAAACAGGAAGUCCUGCUUGCCAAGUUCAGCACAGGGAGUAGUGCAGGCCUUAUUCCAACACACCCGGCCUGGCCUUAACCCCAGAACUCAGCCAGUUCCUUGCUUCCGCGACCCUGAUUCUCCUCCCCACUGACCCCCUCCCCUUCUUUCCCACCUUUGGUCACUCUCAGCAAACUGCUCCAGAGAUCUCUCCUAUGCCCGGGCCAGGGGGUCUUCCACGCUCACCCCUUGACCCUCAAUGCUGCCCAGCUUGUCCCUCCAUCCCGGCUCCUGGCACCAUGCCCCAUAGCCAGCCAACCUUCCCUCCCCCACUUCUGGGGCCGCCCCGGGGUUCCUGCGCUCUGGCCGCUCCUCCUGGGUGUCACUGGCAGCCCUGUCCUUCCUAGAGAGACUGACACCAAAUUUUCCUGAGGCUGGAGGAGGGUGAGGGGUCUCAGGACAACACUGGCCCCGCAGCAGGGUGCCAGGGGCACCAACAGUGCCCCGAGCUUGCUUCCCGCCUCCCUCCUUUUUAUUCUCAAGUUCCUUUUUAUUUCUCCCUUGCGUAACGCCUUUCUUCCCUUCUGCACCACUGCCUGCACCCCCACCCUCCCUGUCACCUCCUUGCCACCCCACUCCUUAGGCCACAGCUGUUGGCAGGGUCCCCAGCUCAUGCCGGCCUCAUCUCCUUCCUUGCUAGCCCCCAAAGGGCCCCCGGGAGACAUGGGGGGCCCGGUCCGAGAGCCGGCACUCUCAGUUGCCCUCUGGUUGAGUUGGGGGGCGGCUCUGGGGGCUGUGGCUUGUGCCAUGGUUCUGCUGACCCAACAAACAGAGCUGCAGACCUUAAGGAGAGAGGUGACCCGGCUGCAGAGGACCGGAGGGCCCUCCGAGAAGGAGGAAGGGUAUCCGUGGCUGAGCCUCCGGGAGCAGAUCCUGGAGGACAGCCAGCACCAAGACUCAGGUUGCUGGGGAAAGAGCCCUGAUGGCGUGGAAGCCCAGGAGAAUGGGGAGAGAUCCCGGAGAAGGAGAGCAGUGCUCACCCGUAAACAGAAGAAGAAGCGCUCAGUUCUGCAUCUUGUUCCGGUUAACAUCACCUCCAAGGAGGACUCUGAUGUGACAGAGGUGAUGUGGCAACCAGCUCUCCAGCGUGGGGGAGGCCUGGAGGCCCAAGGAUAUGUCGUUCGAGUCUGGGAUGCUGGAGUUUAUCUGCUGUACAGCCAGGUCCUUUUUCAUGAUGUGACUUUCACCAUGGGUCAGGUGGUAUCCCGGGAGGGCCAGGGAAGGCAGGAGACUCUGUUCCGAUGUAUACGAAGCAUGCCCUCCAACCCUGACUGGGCCUACAAUAGCUGCUACAGUGCAGGUGUCUUCCAUUUACACCAGGGGGAUAUUCUGAGUGUCAUAAUCCCCCGGGCAAGGGCGAAACUUAGCCUCUCUCCACAUGGGACCUUCCUGGGGCUUGUGAAACUGUGAUCAUGUUGUAAAAGAUGGUUCUGAGCUUGGAAGACCAGGGUACCCUCUGCCUCUUCACUCCACAAGAAGCCUCAUCCUGACUUCCCUCUCUCCAUCUAUUGGGCCCCAGUUUCCAUCUCCAGGGGUGUAAUUAUUAUGCGCCCGUCUGCAGAGGGUGCCCGACGACGACAGCCCUCCUGCAGCCACAUCAUUACUCUCUGGGUCUCAAGUUUUGCCUUUCACGCCCUCCAACGCCCUAGCGUGGUAGGCCACUCUAAGCCUCUCUGGACUGGGACGGGUCGCCGGGGAGCCUUGGAUAAAUCGAGCCCUGGUCCUGAUCCUGUCUCACUCCUCUGAUCUCUCCUUUCUGCGCAAGCCCUGACCUAAAGUUAAAAAAUAAAAGAGAAUAAAUGAAA